UUUCUUUACAAUUUCAGAUAGCGGAACGGUAAAGAUGUCAUUUAGGAAUAGAUACAUCAACAAAUUUAUAAUUCUUAGUUUACUUUCAAUCAUCAUGAUGUUGGUGAUGUAUAUAAAUACUCACUUGAGAUGUCGUUCGUUGGUAGUGGAUCAUGUGACUUCUGACAGGCGCCAUUUUGACAACAGCGCCAUUAUUCACACCAUGCAGGCGAAAAAUUGGACGUUACAAAACAGCGAUCUGGUCGUGAAGAAAUGCGACGAACAGCAUACAGCCGAUAGACAGCGGCUGUAUCGGGAUUUACUGAGUGAUGUUGUUAACCAGAAGAAAGAUAUGAGGAUCUCGUUGCUAGGCAACGACGUGGAAGCGUCACGUGACCCUCCGGGGAUGCUGCCAACGACCGUCCAUUACGUCUGGUGCGGGGAGAAGCUGUUCAAGUUUGAAGACUAUCUGGGUGUUUUGAGCGUGGUGCGGGUUCUCAGGCCGCUGAAGUUGGUGUUUCACUACAACAAACUGCCGGUGGUUGAACGCUACUACCACACGUGGUUUCAGGAGCUUAAGCAGUCCCUGCCUAGUCUUGAGCUCCGAGUGGCUUCUAAGCUCAUCCGCUGUAACACGACCGACGCCUUGGACUACGGUCUGGAUCAGCUGGCGUCCAGCCCAGGCGGGGGGUUCUAUUUUGGGGAGCGGGCGCUGGUCACGCAUAUUCCUAAAGAAUGGCGCUCGGAGAAAUUCUUUACUUACGUCACAUCCGGUUCCAACCGCAGUGAACAGGUGUUUGUUUUAGCAUCUCAAGGUCACUUGGGGAACGGGUCAACUUUACCAAAGUAUAAAAUCAACAUUUUAAACAGGUCGUUCGAAUGUCUGACAUUGGAUAAGUUCAACGCUGGCAACAAUGGGACAGAGUUUAACACCAGGGGUCAGUUGUCUCAGAACUUGUCCCCCUGCCUGGCCGUGCCGGAUGGAAUAGUACCCGAGGACAUCAUUAACGAAACCUCGCCAUUCGCCUCUCUGGCGAGAAGAUUGUUCUAUGGCAAGUCGGAACCAGUGGCUGUCAGACAAGGCGAGGAUCCAAACGACCUGAUCCCAAACAUUGGACAUGUCGUGUCGUUGAACCCACAGCCAGGUUCUCCCGUCAAGUUCUUGUUCCAGCAUUACCUGGCAAUGCUAUCAGCCUUGUACCUGGCCAAAAUAGAAAGGAUCUAUGUCCACGGGGACACAGUGCCAUCUGGUGAGUGGUGGGACAGGCUUCAAGGGGAGAAUAUCACAUUCGUUUACGCAGACAACUCUGAUUCAGUGUACCAGCAGCCGAUCAAAGUCCCCGCCCACCAGUCUGAUAUAUUGAGGACGUUGAUCCUCUACAAAUAUGGCGGCAUUUACUUUGACAAAGACGUAUUCUGGGCCACCCCACCGUCGACUGACCUACGCAGAUACCCUAGCAUCAUGUGCCUGGACUGGCCAUCUUACGGAGUGUGGCCAAAAGGUGGAAGUAUCGGACUACUGAUGGCCAAACCUGCAGCGCCGUUUCUGAUCAAGUUCCUAGACUCGUUUUGGUUAUAUCGUGACAACAGCUGGGAGUUUAAUGGGGUCUUGAUGCCUUAUAAAGUCUUUGAGAGAAAUCCAGAGACGCUACUCAUACAUAAAAGGUUACAGGUGAUCUGCUUCAUCGGUGUGUGUCACCCAGCCUGGCACGACGACUUCAUCAGAGACAUCAAGGACGCCAGUAAACCCACGCAAGAUUUUAACAUUCUGGAAGCUAAUGCUUACCACUUCACCUACCCUAAGCCGGACCCGAGCCUGGUGUCUUUCGACACAAUACGAAACCGUAACGACACAGCCGCCCAACUUGCCAGGAUGUUGAUUGAAACGAUUAAAAAAACUGGCAAGCUUCAUCUUAUAGCGGGCAGUUCAUAACAUUAGAUUUCAAGUUAACUUAUUAGAAGCAGACAUUUAUUUAAAUUAUGUGAAAAAUAUGUGUAAAAUGAAUCUUAUAGAAGUUUAGUUUGUGAGAAUGUUUGCGUAUGAAUCACUCCGAUAUCAAGAAGAGAAAAUAGUCCCUGUGUUUUUGUGUACACGUAACGUAUUACAGACAUCAUAUUUUACUGAACGAUUUUACGUUAACUUACCAUGCGAGCAUGCAAGCUUAGCUUAUCGUAAAUAUAAUUUUAUUAUGUAGAUAUCUUGGUGGGACGACAAUGAGGUGGGGGAGGGAGGGAAGUGUUCGAGUUUAUUUAUGCGUGUAUAUGUAUGUGUGCAACUAAGUGCAUUAUUUCCACGUAAUGCUUAAGUGUCAGUUUCAAGCAAUAAAUUUACGUACAUCCAUUAACGUAAGCAUAAGUAUUAAUAUAUAAGAUUAUAAAUAAUAAAAACUGCACACACUUACGUUAUGUAUGUAAGUUCGUGUGAGUAUGUGUGUGUGUUUGUGUUUUUGUGUGCAUUUGUGUGUGUGAGUGUACCUCCCACUUUAUGAAAGUGAAUAAAACCAAAACGACUG